CUAGCGAUAGAAAACAUAAGAAAAUGAUUGAAUUUUUUUUUCCAGUUAGGAAAGGCCCCCGACACGUAUAAUGCCCAGCCUCUCGUGCCCAGAGUAUCGUGCCCAUAUGGGCACGGUAGGCCUGGCUCCGGGAGCGCUCCUUACCCCACUCAACUAAGGACAGCAAAACUAUGCUGGCCAGAUAAAGGUUUAUAUAUAUAUUUGUGAAAAUAUUUGUUUUUUUUUCUGACGCACGGCAACCGGAAAAAAGGCCGUUUUUCGUGUGUUUACGAUGCAAGUUUACCUUUGGGUGACCGUCCGGAACCUCAGAUAUUAUGUCUGGUCCAACUGUGGCUGCUUAUACUGACAAGUUUAGUUUUAUUCUUUGUAACGUUAUGCUUGGAAUUGCCACUGUCUUUGUCAUAGUAUAUAUAGUUGUAACUGAUUUGGCGGAACUUACAGAUGUGAAUUAAAAAAUCACUGACGAAAUAUAGGUGGUGUAUACGACAACAGCUGACGAAAUGUUCAGGUGGGUCAGUUUUCGCUUGUCGUCUGGCUUACCGGAAAAUAACAGGGAAACAGCAAGGACAGGAGAAUUACACUUUUGCCUAGGCGUCUUUGCUGCUUUCUAUUAUCGUUAGAUGUUACAAAGUAACGCCAUCACCAAAGAUGUCCAAAAUAUAACUCUAUAUAACAUAAUUAUGUGGCUAUCAUUUAACUAGUGUGAGAGACAAGGACGAACAAACUGGCCCUGCUGCUCAUCAGAGACAACACACAGCCAGGCAAACAUGACCCUAUUCCAGACUGCUAUACACACACAAACACGCCAUGUUCGGUGACAAACUAAGUCUAUAACAAAUAGUCGUCAAACCAUAAUCACAACCAUGUCACACUCGAUACAAAACACAAACAAUCCAGCGUGAAAAACAUAAUUACGUCAGGGAGUAUGUCACUUGUGGACACUUGUUUUUUUUUCAGUUUACGGAAAAAAAUAUUGCCACUACGGGAUUAGAUGACAAUGGCCUUGCGAAGCGGCUGGGACACCAUUUUUGCUGAACCGAUCCGCUGGAAAAGAAACCAGAUGAUGAAGGAAUGUUGGGACCACAUCAAGUACACAAUGGUGGUCGCUGUGUCCAUCAUGGUAUUCCUGUGGUUUACACAAGUUCACCGCUACCUUUACAACGCCAUGUACGGGCCGUUCGUUCUCAGCGAACAGGAGAUUGUGGAUACUACUCGCGGCAACUUGUGGAAGCAGUACGUUCAGGUUCACCAUGGCAUACCCUUGCGUCUCAAAACCAAGGAGGUCGGCUGUGGCAUGGACAUAUGCAAACCCAUGAUCUUCCAGUUUAAGAAGCACGCAGCUCACGACUCAAACAUCAACCAGCUUGUAGUCAAGAGGCCACUACGUUACUCCCAUCGUAGUUAUUCCGUGCGACAUCCAAUCAACUUCAGCGUCAUGUCAGUAAAAAAACUCAUGGCCAUCAUACGAGCGAUAGGCAUGGGAAGAUACGUUCUCCCCGGCAUGGAAAAAUCAGAUCUAGUUUCUAUCAUAUCGAAGGCAUAUGAUUCAAAUCCAAAAGAGUUUAAUCUCGCCACUGAGUCUCACGUUUUGGUCGGCUUUCUGACAGACUUUGUACUUGGUGUUCUCAGUGUAACCAGAGAACCUGAAUAUAUGGAUCUCGUUUUGAAUACAUCUGACCCAUACGUCACCAUUUUUUCUAUCCUUGGCCUUUGUGCCAUUCUCUACGCUUAUUUUGUGAUGAAGAUAGUGUGCUACGCUUUGAAAAUUGCUCAGAUAUGGGCGUUUUUUUCUCGGCUCUUCACUUCGUUUGGAUCAACCGAAAUUCAAAAACUAAUUCUUGAACCAAUAAAACACAUUGCCCCGUCAGAAGGUCCGCGAGAGAACACCUCUUUGUCUGUUUACGACUUGGUUGCUCUGAAGCUGCAGGAAGAAAUUCUCUCAGAUGAAGUAUCCACAAUCGUUAACGAAGCUCAUUUCAGGCUUUUUGUUACGAACAGACACGUGAUCUACGUCAGAAAUGAUGUUGUUGACGUGGUUUCUGUGUCCACAAUUGACGAAAUCAGGACUUGGGGCCAUACGUGCGAUAUUGUCCUCAGCUCCGGUCAGUUGAGAAUCCUACAUAUGAGUCAAGAACAGGCAGGUCACAUGAAGAAUGUACUCAGCAGCCGGUGCGCACGGUUCAGACAGCUGCAGGAGGAGAGGAGGGUCAGGAGACAGCAGGCUGAACAAGAAGCCAGACGCCGCCGCGAGCAGGAAGAAUUGACCAGACGCCACCGUGAGCAGGAAGAAGUGACCAGACGCCACCGCGAGCAGGAAGAAGAGAUCAGACGCCACCGUGAGCACGAAGAAGCGAUCAGACGCAUCAACGCGUUUCUCGCCAGCCUGGCUGAAAGAGCGGGCGAACGUCCUGCCACAGAGGAGGCUGCGGAAGAGAUGAGACAAAGUGCUUUCAUACUCGAGCUGGAUACCGAACAGAACUGUGUCAUUUGCCAAGAAGACAUGAAGGAAGGAGAAAGGGUGAUCAAGUUUCCCUGCCCGGCCAGGCACCAGUACCACGAGGACUGCCUGCUCCAGUGGCUGCAUGUGUCGUCGUGGAUAUAA